CACCCCCGAACAUCAAGCACCACCACCACCACCACCACCACCACCGCAAUCAUGGCCAUCUGCAUCACCUUCGGAACACACGAAUUCACCUCCAUGCUAGAAGGUUACGAAAACGUCCGUGCCUUCUGCUAUAACUGUCAACAUUGGAAUGGUCAUUGUUUGACGAGAUGGCCGUGGUUUACUGUUUGCUUUAUUCCUGUUAUUCCUCUCGCGACGCAUAAGUAUAAGGAAGUAACCUGCUACACGUGUCGCUUUACGCAGGAUCUUCGCGAUCGCCCUGACAUCACGCCCGACACACGACCUCCUCCAGGGGUGAUACCGGGCCAAUUACCCCAGGCUUACUACGGGGGCGGAGCACCGUUUUAUCCUCCUCAGGGUUCGGGCCCGCCUCCGCAGGCGUCGGGGGCUGUGGCGCCGACGCAACAGCCACCGGCGCAGCAGGAGGGGCAGCAUCAGGUGUAUAAGUAAUUGACUUUUUUUUUCGUGGGUGGAGUUGGUGCUGUGUUGUGCUUUGCGGGCUGGUUUGGUCGGUGUAUUUAUACCUUUUGCUCUAUGCUUUUUUCGUUCAUGUAUGCGUGAGCUGCUGUUUUGCUUCUGAUUUGCUGAAUGCAGUGCAUAUUAUUAUGGUAUAUUUGGUAGUGGCAAACACUGUACAGGUAAACGAAUGGGGUAUAUCAAAACAAGCCAACC